AACGACUCCUGUAAGGCACUGAUUAACAAAAAGGCGGGAACAAACAACAUCAAGUUGACAAUCACCUCCAAAAUAGGCCGGCUAAUUCCAUUCAUGAGUCCUCCGGGGCGUCAUCUUCUGGAUGCGGUCGCAGGUUGUCCGUCAGGGCUCACUCAUGAGCUCCGAUUGGCUUCUUGCCGGCUCUGGUUCCGCCCCUCCCUGACCUCAUGCAUUAAUGAUUGGUUGAGUGUGCCGGCCAGCUGACCUCACCCUGUGUACACGCCAUCAAUUAAAGCUGCAAGUAGCGAAAAUUGGUACUACGGCUACCGAAUCAAUUAGUCUUAUCAACACGGUCGUAGGUGGGUUGCCGGAUUGUUUGAAUAAAUGCGAUAGACUUUAACUGGUGGUGGUCAUCUCUGGUAACUUCACCAAGCUUUCGUACCAACCGACAAGCAGUUCAAGAAAUUCGACCUGUUUUAUAAUCCUGUUCAUCUCACAGCCUUCGAGGACUGAAAUGUCAACACUGACGCAGUUUGUUGGUGUUUCACACCAGUUCGGCGGCCAGCUUUCACCAUUGACGGCAACGGCACCAGUUAACACGCGACAGUACUCGGAUACUACGGGACGACCGGUGAUAUUGGAUCCCCGUACCGGGCAAUCGGUGUGCUGUACCCCCAUGGAGAGCCGCUCGAGCGCGCUGCUCCCCGGGCCUGCGGCGUCGCAUCGCAGACUCCCUACAGGAAUGUAUUCGGCUGAGAAAAACCUCGUCCCGUUUGGGGCCGACUCAUCGACAUUUUUCUCGCAACCAAUGACAAAUAGUGGAGCCGUGUGUUUCCCCUUUGACCUGUUGCCGACUCAGUAUCCUUACUACGGUGGAAGUUAUGGUGCGAUGGACCUAAACGGCGCCCGACGCAAGAACGCCACCCGCGAAACCACUAGUACGCUGAAGGCGUGGUUGUACGAGCACCGCAAGAACCCCUACCCGACCAAAGGGGAAAAGAUCAUGCUGGCUAUCAUCACCAAGAUGACCCUGACCCAGGUCUCCACCUGGUUUGCCAACGCCCGCCGCCGCCUCAAGAAGGAGAACAAGAUGACCUGGUCGCCUCGGAGCGGAUGCGUCGGCGACGACCGGAAAGAAGGCUAUGAGUCCGAGGAUGGUGAUGGCCAGGACGAAAGGGACGACGGCCUGGGAUCGGACAUUGAUAGCAGCCACAAUGACCAACUGUCAGACGUAGAGCUAGAGGAGACACAAGACAGGGUUCAAGACGGAAGAAGCAGCCAAUUCGGCUUACCUUAUAUCGACCCGAGGGUGCCGGCUGGGUUCAUGGGCACAAACACGGGCAGGGACUCAGUGAGCGUCACGGUCGAUGACGAGGAAGACACCCAUCGACCUAGGGAACUCUGUAGCCCUCUCUGCCACAGGAGGAGUCCCAGCCCUGCCCCUCUGGCGCCCUCCACGGUCAGAGACACAUGUGGGCCUACCUCCAGACCGUCGUCCUGCGAGAUCAAACCACCGACCCGGCCAGCGGACAAGCCCAAAAUCUGGUCCCUGGUGGACACAGCCUUGUCUGACAAGAGUUCCGUCGAUCACUCGCAGACACCGUGCCACAGCCGUCGCGUGACUGAUUCGCAAGGCCGAUACGCGCCCUACAACACCCCCUUGGAUUCGGCGGGACUUGCCAUGAAGCGCCUUGUGACUGCCUCCACACAUCCUCCUCAGUCUUACGCAUUGACUUGUUUCACCUCGCCUGGCUUUGCGACUUCGUCGGAACUCCAUCAAGAAAAAGCAUUCAGGUUUAGCACGACCUAAUGGCUGUUGACACGAUGCCAACGGGCCGAUAAAGACAGCUUUCAGGCCGGUGCUGAGGCGAUAAAAGGUAGGCUUACAUCUCGAGCAAGACCUUGACGAACGUGGACUUCUCCCCCUUUUGACCCCAAAAUGAACUCUACUCAGAGAAAGUAUAGUACCUCCUGACCUUCGUAGGAGACACGAAUCAUGCAUGAAUCAGCCGUCGACACAACUCACAUCGUCAAACGGUGCAGUCAAUAAUAUUGAACGCCUUUUAAAAACAACUUAAGAUGUUCCACAUUCCAGACACGGCCAGAAAGAAUGAAGUGCAAGCGCUGGAGUUGGUACAGACAUCAUUAAAUGAAAAUUUUGAGUGUACACAAAAUCAAAUGAGACUGAGCUUUUCACCAUCUGCGUGUGAAAACAUUUUUAACCUUCAGUGGUGGGUAGUUAUCUUUCGCUGGAAAAAAAAAUUGUAAGAAAAGUUUGUUUUUUCCAUUUUGAUAAUUCCCGAGCGUUACUGUCAUUUACUUCUUUGAAGUGUUUGGAACUGUAUCUCGCGCACCGGUCGUUGUAAAUGAUCGUAGCAGGAAAGUUGAGGUGACUGGUUAUUUUAUUUAAUGUAGGGUGUUACCAUCCCCCAAUGUUGUCAUGGCGCCCAGAGUUUGUCAUGGUUAGGGGGCCUACUUGGGAUUGAAUUUGAAAAUAAACUUUGAUUAGCCACUUUUCUCUUCAGCGACAACAAAAGCUGUAAAAUGUAGUUCGUGGGAUAUUGCUAGUGUGGUUUAUUGCUAAAACAACGGUACUUUUAUAUUAAAUUAUGUCUUUAAAAGCUGUUAAAUAAAACUUUAAUAUAGCAUUGCAGUACAUCA